AAGCCUUUCAACGACUCUACAUACAAGCUACACCGCCUCCCAGACUACCCUCGCACAAUUCGUCACAUUGGAACCUACGAACUAUUUAGUGCACAGCGGUUCGAAGCCGCACACCGAGAACCUAAGGACUCGUACCGAAGGGGCAGCAAGAACAACUUCGUCCCACAGCUAGCCCGCCGUGAGGCACGUGUCCGAUUUCUCAGACGAAUGAAAGACGGGCAAAUGAAUCGCAGUCGACACUCAGACGAUAACAUCACAACCGAUCCGCGCGCUCACCACUAUAUCGCUGACUCCGAACGCGACCACUUCAACCUCAAGGUCUGGCUUCAUGAACAUUGCAAUGAUCCUGCUAUCAAGGACUUCUCUCCCAAACUACGCCAACACUGCCUAGCUCGCCUGCAAGGUGUCGAGUCAAGCCGCAAUUUUUCGAAUUCAGAACUGACUACGCUCGAAAUCCGAGACAACAAAAUAUAUCGUCACCAUCGAGUUCGAGUCAACUACACAACCUACGAUAUUCGGAGAGCCCAAGACUCUAUAAAUCCUCGCACCCGUCGUGAUCUCAUGGUCCUCUCUGACAGUACAGACCACGGUGCCCAUCCAUACUGGUAUGCAAGGGUCAUCACCGUGUUCCACACCUACGUUCGACAGCGCAACGCACCUGGUGACGCAGGAAAGUUCACGCGUAUGGACUUUAUUUGGGUACGGUGGUACAGUGAGCCCCUCAGCCGGUGUGGUUGGGCAGCUAAGCGCCUACCUCGUGUUAGCUUUCUUGCGCAGGACGACCCCAACGCAUUCGGAUUCAUUAACCCGGCUGAUAUCAUCCGGGGUGCUCACCUGAUUCCUGCAUUUAUUUACGGGGGUGUUGGGGAGGACCUUCUGAGCAGCCCGUCGCUUGCGCGGUUCCAUGGGGGAGACUCUGAGGACGAGUGCGACGACUGGAACUCUAUGUAUGUUAAUAUUUUUGUUGACAGGGACAUGGUUAUGAGGUACCGUGGAGGUGGUGUUGGGCAUCGCAGUACCCGUGCGUGUGAUGUGGUCCUCCGGCAGGAUACCGUACAAGUUGACCUGGAGUCCGAAGACGAGAGUUUGUUACAAGACCAAGAAGUAGCGGACGGAGCAGGCGACGAAGAGAGCGAUGACAGCGGACGUAACUUAGAGGGGGACGACGACGACGAUGAGGCGAUC